AUGGAACGUCAAUCUAAUUAUUUCAGUGAUGCAAUCGCCAUUGGAUCCUUUCAUGCUACUCAAAGUGGUAUCGUCGUGGUUUGUUCUGCUGGUAAUUCUGGUCCUGAUGUAGCGUCUGGUUCAAAUGUUGCACCAUGGAUUGUUACUGUUGGAGCAAGUACUAUGGAUAGGGAGUUUCAAGCUUUUGCUGAGCUUCGAAAUGGGCAGAGAUUUAAGGGUUCGAGCUUAUCAAAACCUUUGCCAGAUGACAAGCUUUAUCCACUCAUAUCUAGUGCUCAGGCGAAAACUGCCAAUGCAUCUACUGCAGACGUUAUGCUCUGCCUGGCAGGCACAUUGGAUAAAACUAAAGUACAAGGAAAAAUCGUGGCAUGUCUUCGUGGUGGUAAUGCAAGAGUGGAGAAAGGCGUGCAAGCAUUACUUGCUGGAGCUGCAGGGAUGAUCCUUUGCAAUGACAAAGAUAGCGACAAUGAGAUUAUAGCUGAUCUUCAUGUCCUUCCAGCAACACAACUAACCUAUACAGAUGGGGCUGCUGUUUUGGCCUAUAUCAAUUCAACUGCUGAGCCUUAUGGUUACAUCACUCAUCCAGCAGUUGUUCUAAAUACCAAGCCAGCUCCUUAUAUGGCUGCCUUUUCAUCCAGAGGUCCAAAUCUUGUUACACCUGAGAUUUUAAAACCUGAUAUCACAGCAUCAGGAGUGAAUGUCUUAGCUGCAUACUCUGAAGCAGUUAGUCCAACAAGAGAACCAUGGGAUAAGCAUAAAGUUUCCUUUAUGUUAGACUCGGGUACUUCUAUGUCUUGCCCUCAUAUAUCUGGGAUUGCUGGCCUUCUCAAAACUACAGCAAACAGAGCUAAAAAAUCAAAAGCUUUAUUCAUUGGUUUUCCUGUCUGUGUUGCUGUGAGCUGUUGUUUCUGCUACAGUGCUGUGUCUGCUGUGCUGUGAUGUCGAGUUUUACUGGGUUGAUGUGAUGCGCUGCUGUGUUGGUGUUGCUGUCUGUUUCCUUUUGCAGUGCUGUGUUGCUAGUUUCUGGGGUGUUGUGCUGCUUAGUUGUAGCGCUAUGUUUUAUUAUUUUUGUAGCCUGUUGAGCUGCUUAGUUCAAUGUUUAUAUGCUUCAUUAGAACAGGUUUUGGGAGUAUUAGAAGUAAAUUUUUGUAACUCUAUAUAUAUGUUAGUGUUUAUAUAUCAUUUUAAGUGAAAAAAAUGUAAAAAACAUAAAUAAAAAAAAAAAUUAUUUUUUUUGGGCAUUUUUGGCACCAGUUUUUGUACAGA